CGAGCCAACCCACACACCAAAGUCCAAAUUAAGCCCUUUUUCGCCGCUCACUCCUUGUCGAACUAAACAGGCACGGCGCUCACCCACGCAUGAAUAUGCAAGAAGCCAUGGCGCCGGCACAACUACGGCAGAUGGUGGCGGUGGCCAGUACCGGAGACGUGCGAAGGGCGGUGGAGCAGAAGCCGGUGGUGGUGGUGGGGCGGUGGGGUUGCUGCAUGGUGCACGUGGCCCGGCGCCUACUCCUCGGGCAGGGUGCGAACCCGGCGGUGCUCGAGGUCGGCGACGACGCCGACCCGGCGGCCCUCGUCGCCGCGCUCCGGUCCAAAGACAUCAGUACUAGGGGCGUCGCGGACGUCGUCUUCGAUGCGUGCGGCGCGGCGGCGACGGCGCGCCACGCGGCGUUCCCGGCGGUGUUCAUCGGCGGCAGGCUGGUGGGCGGGCUGGACCGGCUCAUGUCCAUGCACAUCGCCGGCGAGCUCGUGCCGGUCCUGAAGCAGGCAGGAGCCCUGUGGCUCUGACCAGUCUUCAACUCCUCAUGACCCUUGCCACCCUAGUUAUAAGCUUCCAAUAUGUGCAUGAACUCUCCUGUAAUCUUGGUUUUCUUCUUGUUUAUUCUGGAUGUGUAUGCCAUCUGAAAGUAUUGUACUAGCCCUUUCGAAGAAAUGACAGAUAAACCGUAGUUAAUUGGUUCCUAUGAGGCUAUGAACCGUGUGAGUCCAAGACAGUCAUAAUUGCUGACAUUUUGAUCUUUACAAAGAUACUGAAA